AUGAUAUUUAUUUUGCUAUAAACAGUUUUCGCAAAACAUCUAACUAAUCUUACAACUCAUGUUUUAUACAAUAAAAUAUCAGAAAAAGAAUAAGUAGACAUAGUUUUAUAAGAGUAAUUAAACAUAAGAGAUUAUCCAGAAGCAAAGUACGUAGUAGAUGCAAAAUUGGAAACAGAACAAAAAGGAAGCAUUUGUUAUGUUAAGUAGGGAUCAAUAUAAUUUGGAGAUUAUUCAAUAUAUAAAAAGUAAAUACUUGAAUUACCAGAUUUACAAACUAACGAUCCUGAAUAAUUACUAAAUAUACCAAUUUUGUUGAAUAUGGUACAUUUUAGAAAGGUUUUUGCUAUUGUGACAAGCAAUAAUUAAUUAUUACUAUAUAGUGUUAAUAAAAAUGAAUUAAGUAUUGUAGGAAAUAAAAUACAGUUAGAAGCAAACUAUUCUUUUGAACAUCUUCGUAAAGAGUAAAGAAUAAUUGAACCUCCAUAAAUAAUAUACACAGAUAAAACAUAAUAUAUUUAUUUAUUCUAUAGAAAUCAUAUUUUAGGUGGGAAAGUGAAUUUUGAUAAUUUAAGUUCUUAUGUUUUAAGGAAUAUCUCAAAUGCAGAAUUAGAAAAUGAGAAUAAUUAUAAAGGUUAAGUAAAAGUAUUUGGUUGGCAUAUAUUUGUUCCGAUGGGUAUUGUAGGAUUAGAUAUCUAUUAAUAUUAAGAUGAUGGAGAUUUAAUUUAUAUUGGGAACAUGAAUUCAACACAUUUCUAUAAUAAAACAAAAAAAUCUAAGAUUGUUGAUGUUGUUUUUGGAGGAACUGAAGAUUAGAAAUUUAUGUAUAUAUUGGAUGAAUUACAUGGAAUCGUUAGAUUUAAGGUUACAUCUGAUAUUUCUGGGUUUGAUGCUUAAUUAGAUAGGGAAUUAGGAACUAUUACUGUACUUCAUGGAACAACAAUGGCUGAAUUUAAUAAUAGUUAUAUAUUAAUAUUAUAAGAAAGAGGAGUUAUUAAUACUUUAGUUGAAAUAGGUCUCUUUGAAAAUGAUUGGUUUAGAGUUAAGACUCAUUAUCUAACCGGAAAAUAUUCAGAGAUAGAUAUUAUACCUGAGUUUACAAUCUUAAGAGGAAAGGAUGAACAUAGAAUAAUAAGAACAGGUAUUUAUGAAAAGUUUGAACCAAAUUUUGUUUUCACUUAAGAAGAUAAUUUAUAACAAGAAAGAUAGAAUUCCUUUUAUGAAGAAUAUGUAUUUAUACCUAGUCUAAUAACUAUGGAUUUCUAUAGUGUUGAUACAAAAACAAUUAAAAAUAGCAAUAAAAAUUUCGAUUAUAAUAUUACAAAUUCAUUCCUAGUGGGCAUUACUUCCUAAUCUUUAGUUUAUAUGCCAUAUAUCAUUGAAAAUCCUUAUGUAAGAUGUAUCCCUAGAACUAACAGAAGUGUAGGAAGAACUUUAAAUUAUAAAUUAACUAUCAAUGCCACACAUUGUCCAUAAAAAAAUAAUUUAGUAGGAGUCCCUCCUUAAUUAAUUCUAUGUUAAUAUGUAGAUUAAUUUAAUGUCAAAAUUACAAAUGGUGAUGGUAUCAUUUACGAUACUGAAACUUUGGCCUCUAUCAUUAUGGGAUUUAUAGUGCUCUUUAUUAUUUUAUCAAUUUUGUUGGCUUACUUAUAUUCAAGAUAUAGAAUUCAGAAAAAUGAUUUGCAAACUGAUAUAAAAGGAUUCAAUGAAAGUAGUCAUCAUGAAGGUUAUGACAUGGAUAAAUAAUCAUGA